GCUCGGCCCGGAGCUCUCCCAGAGGCUCGGGGCAAGGAUUGGCUGCUCUGGGGCCCAGGAGCGUUUUUUCCGAGGAACCGUGGCGGAGACCGAGGUGGCCUGGGCCGGCUUGGCGCUGUGUGCGGCUCGCCGCUGGCAACCAGAGCACCCACAAUGGGCACCCCAGCCUCUGUGGUAAGCGAGCCACCCCCGUGGCAGGCCCCAACGGAGGCCCGGGGCCGCAAGCAGGCCUCGGCCAACAUCUUCCAGGACGCGGAGCUGCUGCAGAUCCAGGGCCUGUUUCAACGCAGCGGGGACCAGCUGGCCGAAGAGCGCGCCCAGAUCAUCUGGGAGUGUGCGGGGGACCACCGAGUGGCCGAGGCCCUGAGGCAGCUGCGCCGGAAGAGGCCUCCUCGGCAGAAAGUGCUGGGCCACUCGCUGCACCCCUGCAGCAGGCUCAGGAUCCCAGAGCCCCGCACGCCACUGGCCGACCCACAGCGUCGUGCCACAGAGACUGCCUCCAGCCAGCAGCGUCUGGCCUCCCGGACGAGUGCCAGGAUCCGCCAGAACUGGAGGAAGCCGGACCCCACAAGCUACCUCCACCAGAUCAGACACUGAUGCAGGGACGGGGCGGGGAACGGCAGUGUCCGCCCCAGGAACCACAGGGACCUUUGCCAGAGGCCUGAGGAGGCAGCCCUACACAAGAAACAAAGGGAAGAGAGCUGCCCGGCCUGCUCCACUGAGAACAGGAGACGUCCGUUUGGCUCUGUUGUGUGGGGCCCAUUCCUUACCUGAAGGAGGAAGAACGGCGCCUGUUCCUGCCUCAGCCCUUUCCCACCUAACACUGUACUUGGCUGCAUGAUAGUCCCCGGGAGUCGAGUGACAGGCUCCCCGACACAGCAUUUCACGUCUGCUACUACUGUAACGCACGGGCUAGCAGCCUGUCCCAUAGCCCAGCUCCAUCAGGUCAGCACAGGGAGCUGUGGUAUUAAGUGGCAAAUAAAAACAUUUGCAUCAAGAA